AUGGAACAAAAUGUAAAUAAAAUAAAACCAUAUGAAUUAAUUCUUCAAAAGGAAUUGAUGGAUUUGGAUGUAAUAGAAGGUGUUGAAUUAUCUCCAGUUGAUGAAAAAAAUUUAAAAGAAAUUUAUUUAUCAAUAAAACCAACAGAUGGUUAUUUAAAAAAUAAGAAAUUUCGUUUUGUCAUAAAAUUUAAAGAAAGCUAUCCAAUAACCCCACCAAAAAUUAUAUGUCUCAGCAAGAUAUUUCAUCCUAAUAUUGACGAAUCAGGGAAUGUAUGUUUGAAUGUUUUAAAGUUAGAAUGGAAUCCAAUAAUAAAUUUGCAAAUGUUAAUAUUAGGUCUUAUAUUACUAUUGGAUGAACCUUCGACAGAUGACCCCUUCAACAAAAUCGCAGCAGAAGUUUUUAAAAAUGAUAUAUAUAAAUUUCAAGAAAUAAAUGACGCUCUAUAUAAAGAAGAGCAACAAAAUAAUGAAUAA